CGCCCGAACCGGCUCUCAUCCCACCUCUUGCCCGCCUCUCCAAUCAGAGCAGCAGCAGCUCAUUCAAUCUCGUCUUGAGAGAACGAGGCUGUAGCAGCAGCGGAGAAGAAUGACUCGAGUAGAGCGCACACGGAGCAGGGUAGCAGCCUGUCGCUGCCUCAACGUGCGGGUGCGAUAUCUAAGCCCCACCAGCACCAGCGGCGGGAGCAAAUCUUCCUCCUCAUCCCCCUCCCCCUCCGCGCAAGGCCAAGAGGCUCGCACCACCCGCGUACAGCUCGACGACUCGUCCUCCCCUUCAUCUACAUCGGUAUCCGUCUCCCUGCCCCUCCUCGUAGGCCGUGAACUCGUCUCCCUCGGUGGACCUUUCACGGUUCCAGCGCUGCGUUGCCUGCAUUGCGGUACGACGGUAUAUGCGGUGGAGAAGGCCGCCUCACUUGGGCCGAGUAGGGCUGUUGGGUUUCAAGCGAACGCCAAUGCCAAUGGGGCCAAACAGCAACAGCAGCAGCAGCGCGAGGCUUCCCCGUCCCCCGCUCAGAGGAGCGCGAGUAGAGAUGGAUUGAUCAAACCACACGAUGGGCAUGUCUUUCUGCUGCCUGGGCUGGUGUACGAUGACGAGAUUCAAGAAGUCGAGGGCAAAGAGAAUUUCUCGUCCAUCUAUGGGGUGUCCAUCACGUCUGGCUCGCCUCGUUCUUUGGAUCAGGCUCAGCCAUCGACUCAGUCUCAAUCACAGUCGCAGCGUCCCGCCUUGACGACGCAACGAAGCGCCACGAGCCACUAUGGUCUGCAAGGUCUCCCCGCGCACCUCGUCACCACACCGCCCACCUCGCCAUCCCCUUCUUCCUCCUCCGCCAACAUCCAACUACCCUCCGUCGCAAGCUCAAACCCGCUAGCCUCAGCCCUAGACGCUACGGGUCUCGCAAAGCUCAGAGCAUGGAGAGUGACGGCCGAGCAGGAGGUCAUGGAUCUGGUGCGGCAGAAGAGGAGGGAGCUGGAUGGAAUGCUGGCAAGAGCGCAGAGGGAGGCAGAAGCUGUGCUCGAGCAGGCACGCACCGUUCCCCCACCGAGCACAACGAUGAUGCUGCGAGGAGCAGAGGGCAGCAGCAACGAACUGCGGGACGAGCACGACCACGAUCUCGAGCAUGAGCACGGCAACGUAACCACCUCCUCCGCCGCCGCCGCCGCCAACGCCCCCUCGAUCCUCCCCGCCUCGGCCUUCACGCGUCGUCCCCCCUCCUCGCCAAAUGCAAAUCUAUCCGCCUCGCUCUCAGCACUCAGCGCCAGCUUCGCCAUGCGAGGCAAGGGGUCCGACUCGACGAUGAGCCAGGCAGAAGACUGGGCGCAGCGUCGUCGACUCAAGGAACGCUACCCCGAGGGGGACCACAGCGUUAUGACCUCCGCGGCUACUAGUGCGGCCACGUCCGUCGAGAAUUCAGAUAGUGAGACCGUCAGGCGUGCGCGUACCUCCGUUGCCGAAGAAGAAGAAGAAGAAGCGGGAGAGGAUAGGGGAAGAGGCCGACAACGUGUGGCGCGGGUACGCACCCCGAGUGGGGAUGAGCAAGUCCCCGCACGCAGCAGUGCCAAUGCCAGUGCCAACGCCAACGCGAACACGGGCACGCCCCGCUCCCCUCCCGGCACCAAGACACGCCCCACAAUGGCCCCCUCCUCCCUGAGUCACAGCGCAGGCAGCAAAUCGCUCCCCUCUCACCCUUCGCUCGACCUGGGCGCCCAGUCAGGGGAGGGGGACGCGGCCACCCCACGUCCGGGCGGGCGAGUAGGAAAGGCCCCGCCCUCCCCCUCGGCCAACGUGCAGCUACGCCCACGCAAUCCGCCGCCAAGCGGAGCCGAGCCCCUCAAGCCGGCUACGCGACAACGACUGGGCGAGUCGGCUUCGGCUUCAGCUUCGAGCUCGACUCCUGACGUCCCCGGCGCGAAGCGCAAGGUCGCAUUCGCCGAGACGCCGGACCAUGCGCCGACCGUGAGCCUUACGCCGCCGGAAGACCAGAUGAAUGGGGUGGAUGGGGAGGGUGAAGAUGGAGCGGGGAGGGAGCCAGUAAAUGAAGGUGAGGCGGCCGUUUUCGAUAUCGAUGAGGAGUUGAGCGUCGAUGGUCACGUUGAUGCUGGAGAGGGCGAGGAGAGGAGGGAGGCGCUACAAGGUGGGCAGGAGAAGCUCGUAUCGCAGGAAGAGGAUCUGGGCGGUACACUAGACGAUGCAGACGCGGACGACGACGAUUCUUCUGCGGUGGGGACAAAGGGGGAGGAGAAGCGCGAUCCAUUAGGCGGCGUCCCCGCAAGUGUCGGCGCCCACCAUGCCGGCUCCCUCUCUGCCCUCGUGGCCGCCAGCGAAGGUCUGGACGCGCAUGCUCGUCGAGCCUCGUUGGUGGAUAAUUUCGAUCCCGCCUCGCUCAGGAGGGACGGCCGCAUCGCACCCGCCAAGAAGGGCAGCCCGCCCGCCAAUGCUACUCGCGGCACCGAGCCAUCCCGAGCAGACGGAGGAGGAGAGGACAGUCCACGUCGCACCGCCAUUGGGUAUCGCCGUAGCCACGCUCAAGGCAACGCCGACGCGGAAUUGAGGCUCAGCGGCCUGCUCGCCCCGCAUGCCCCCUCGCACCGUUCGUUGUGGAGGAGGACGGCCAAGAAGUAUAGUAUUGCGGAGGAGGAUGAGGAGGAGGGCGAGGAUGGGAAAAAGGGCGAGCAGGAGGACGAGGGAGACGACAGACAGUGGAGUGCAUGGCAGGAACGUGCCCGACAGUUGGAAGAGGCCAAAGUGAAGCGCGAUAAGGAGGAGAAGGAGAGGGUGCUCGCCCAAUCCCUUCCGAUGCAGGAACGACGCACUGUGGGCAGUACGGCGCGAGGCAUCCCAACAGGAGCAGUCUUGUCCAGCGUAGGCAGGGAGAGGGAGACGAGCGGCUUCGAUCGCGAGCCCAAGACGAGUUUACCCUACCAGGAACGACAGAUGGUUCCCAGCUUGAGGAGGGCGACGCGCCGAGCGCUCCUCGCAACGGGGACGGGGGACCGCAAGGCGUCUCUUCCUACGAUCAAGGACACGGAUGUUGAGGGAGACGAUGUCCCGCGUAUUGCAACGCGAGGUUUCGCCGUUACAGCUCCAGGCUCAGGGUCCGUCCUUACUCCUCCAGCUACAUCCGCUCUCUCCUCCCCAAGCCUCUCGACAGGCGGACGUCGCUCCCCUCGCCCGCCGUACGUGCCCCCGCCACCACCCACCUCCACUACAACAGUCCUCCAACCCAACCCCUUGCAUCGUCCCUCCCCCCUCACCCUCUUCCGUGGCCCCGCCGACGCCCGUUUCGCCAGCUGCGAGCCCGGCGAAGAAGAGGAAAGCGACUAUCCCUCAGUGCUACGCUUCAUGCAUCGCCUCGAGCAGCUGAAGCGGAACAAGCGCACCGGAUGGCUCCAUCAUCGUGUCCCUGCUCCGGAGAGCAUUGCAGACCACAUGUACCGGAUGGCCCUCCUCGCCAUGCUCUGCCCCAAUGUCGGGCUAGACAUAGGAAAAGCGGUCAUGCUUGCCCUGGUGCACGACUUGGCCGAAGCAGAGGUGGGGGAUCUGACUCCUCUGGACGGGGUGAGCAAGGAAGAGAAGCUUCGCCGCGAAGGAGAGGCACUACAGUUCCUCGUGCACGAUCUCUUGGGAUCGAGUCCCGCAGCAUUGAGGAUCGAGGCCCUCUGGGAGGAGUAUGAGGCGAGGGAGUCGCUCGAGUCCGUGUUGGUCAAGGACCUCGAUCGCUUCGAGCUUAUACUGCAGGCCGUCGAGUAUGAGAGCCGAUAUGGGGUGGAGGACUUGCAGCCCUUCUUUGGGGCUAGUGCGGAUAUUGGUCAUCCGAGGGUUAGGAGAUGGGCGGUUGAGCUUGCGAGGGAACGGGCGGAUAUGUGGGGGAAGAGGGGCGAGGAGUGGGGAUAUGUGCAGCCUGAGCCUGUGGAGGGGGCAAAGAGGGAGGGAGGGGAAGUGUGAGGAAGAGGAGGGCAGGGAGUGAGUCGCAGU